AUGUUCAAGCAGUUAUCCCAGAUAGGGAAGAACCUUACUGAUGAGAUUCAGAAGGGACUCUCUGAUGAGCAGUUGGCUGAUGGUGUGGGCAACGGUACUGAACCUAGCACUGGGAACUCAGAUGAUCCUGUAAAGUAUGAAGAAUUCCCGAAAGAAAUACAAGGAAAGUUGAGGAAGCUUGACAAAUAUGAAUCCAAGUACCCUCUGCUCCUAAAUGCUUAUAAGUCGGAGCGUGUCAAGAAUGAAAAAUUCGAAGCAGUUCAAAAGAUUUUGAUGGAGAAUACCCCAAUAUCAGACUUCAACGAUGUGGAGCAGACCCUGUCAGUGUUUUUUACAGACCUUACGAACAAGACAAGUAUGUUAAAUGAAGAGAUUAAAAGGCUAACUAUUGCGAAGCAGAAGACUGAAGAGGAGAACAAACAACUGAAGCAGGAAAAUAAAGACAAAUUACCCGAGAACCUGUCUCAAACUGAAAAGGAAGCAGAAGGUGGCACGCCAUUUGAAGGUUCUACAGAUGACAGUGAGCUCCAAACUAUUUUUGAAACUCAAAAGCGACAAAUAACAGAUUUGCAGACGGAAAUCAAAGACUUAAAAGAAAAGUAUGAAAUCGAAGAAAAGUCAAGAGAGGAAGCAGAGCUUGCUAAGAAAGUUUUGGAGGAUGAUGAAAAGCAGUAUGGAACUGAUAUUACGAAAAUUAAAACCGAAUUGCAACAGGUAUCCGAGAAAAAUGACAGCGCUGAGAAAACCAUCAAGACUCUAGAAGAGCAGUUAAAGCAUGUUGAAGAAACCGCCACAGAAGAUAAAAAAUUACUCAACUCAAAAGACGUUUUGCUAAAAGAAAACGAAGACCAGAUGCGGAAAUUAGAAGGUGAAAUUCAGGAAAAAAAACAAAAGAUUGCUACGUUACAAAAGGACGUUGAAAGUUUGAAAGUAACCGUUUCACAGAACGGAAGUAAUGUAGAUAUGCCGUCAUUGUCAGCAAGUAAGAAAAAGAAAAAUAAGAAGAAAGGUAAAAAGAAUGGUCCAACUACAGACAACAUUUCAGUUGAGGCAGCACAAGACGUCAACUCAGCAUCUAUAGACGAGAGUACAGCAGCAGCAUCUAGAUAUGAUGACCUUCUCAACAAAUACAACACUUUAGAGACAUUGCAUGGUAAUUGCGAGGAUUGGAAAGUGAAGUACACCAAAUUGGAAACCGAUUCUGAGUCGAAAUGCAAGGAAAUCGAAUUGCAGUUAGAAUCCCUCCAAAAGGCACUUGAACUAAUUAAGGAAGAGAAGGUGGAAGCUAGGCGAGAACUGGAAUUCAAAAAUAAGGAAUUAGAGGAAGUCAGAGAUAUGCUUAAGACUGUAGGUAAUGAGUUGGUUGAGGCUAGAGAUUCGAUCAAAGAAGCCGGUGUUAAUUCGACUGAUAAAUUGAAAUUAGAAGCAGAAAUUACAGCUUUGAAAGAGAAAAUCAGCAUGUAUGAGGAGAAAGAACCUAAAUUAAAUGAAACAAUUAAGAAAUUGAGACAAACGGAAGAAGACUUAAAGAGAAAGCAUAAUGACGAAAAAGCUGCUUUAGAAUCUAACGUAAAAUUUUUGACAUCGACUCUCGAAGAGAAGAAAAAGGAAAACGAUAUUUUGAGCACUCAACUAAAGGACUACAACAGCCUAAAGUCGAGCCUACUACAAAAGGAAAAGACUGUUGUAUAUUUGGAAAAACAAGUUAGAGAGUUUACCACCAAUGAUGAAGCGGUUAAAAGGAAACUUGAAACACUAAAGAAGGAUAACGAAAAAUUAAAUAACCGGAUUGAACUUUUGAAGAAAGAAAAUGAAAGCCUGACAGCCGAGGUCAAAAAGAACAGCGGUUCUUAUGAGGGUUACUUGAAAGAAAAUGGUAAGCUAUGCGAAAGAUUAAACGUCUUACAGGAGAAAUACAAUACAUUACAAAAUUUGAAGAGUAACUCGAAUGAACAAACGAAUUCAAUCAAAAGGCAGUGUGAGGAACUCAACUUGAAGCUGAAAGAGGCCAAUAAGAGAAUAAUGUCCAUGGAGGAUGAAUUGAAUGAAUACAGCACAAUUAUUCAUGAUAAAACGAGAGAGGCCGACACUAUGCGCAGAUUGCUUUCUGAGUCCCAAAACGAGGGUACAGACAAGCAAGAAUCUCUACAGACCAAACUUUCCUUCGCAUUAGAAGAAAAAGCGAAACUGGAGUCAGACAUGGCCCUCCAAUCCUCUAGACAAAUAAGAGAGACACAAGAGUUGAAACGUUCACAAAAUGAACUAGAGACCGAAAUGCAUAAACUGAAAAUGAAAGAGAAACAAAUGCUAUUAGAAAUAGAGACCUUGACUUCUCUGAAUGAAGCCAUAAAAAGAAAGAAUGAGGUCAACUCAGAGGACUCUUCGGGUUUGGAAAAGAUAGCGUCGAACCUAAAGGAGUCACUGUCAAGGGCCGAUAAGAGAGUUCAGGAAUUACAAAAGAGUAAUGAGGAAUUGUUGGAUCUGAACAACGACAUUAACAAGAAGUUCGAUAGGUUGACAAAAAAUUACAAGUCUCUUUCUAAUCAAUUCAACGCGUUUAAAGAUGUCAGGCAGGAUACUUCGCGUAGAUCCAGCAGAUCUGGUUCGGUAAAUUCACAAGCGUCUGACCAUAAACUUCCAUCGAAGAGUCUGUCCGUUCCGGAGCAGGUGGCGCGCAGAUCAUCGUCAUUUAAGGACGUACCGUCCAUUCUGUCCUCUACGGGGAAGCCAAAGGAUGCUGAUAUUGAGAGAGAAGAAAAAGUUGCAUACAUUAAAAAUGUACUAUUAGGAUUCCUGGAGCAUAAAGACCAAAGAAAUCAACUUCUGCCUGUGAUUUCAAUGCUUCUGCACUUUGACAGCAAUGAUGAGAGAAGGUUGUUAAUGUCUCUACGGUAG